AAGCCCGUGACUCAGACCGCCUGUCACUUGGAGAGCCGAGGUGAGGCCUGCGUUGGAAUUCUACUGCUUCCUUCAGUGCCGCCGCCGCUGCUUCCCUCGUCCUCCUCGUUCGCCGAACCCCCGCCUGCGCCAUGGAGACCCCCGGCCAGAAGAGGAGCACCCGGAGCGGGGCGGGCUCGACCCCGCUCUCGCCGGCCCGCAUCACCCGCCUGCAGGAGAAGGAGGAUUUGCAGGAGCUGAACGACCGCCUGGCCAUCUACAUCGACAAGGUGCGCUCCCUCGAGUCCGAGAACGCCGGGCUCCGGCUGCGCAUCACCGAGUCCGAGGAGGAGGUGAGCCGCGAGGUCACGGGCAUCAAGUCGGCCUACGAGGCGGAGCUGGCCGACGCCCGCAAGACGCUCGACUCGGUGGCCAAGGAGCGGGCGCGCCUCCAGCUGGAGCUGAGCAAAGUCCGCGAGGAGUUCAAGGAGCUCAAGGCCAGGAACACCAAGAAGGAAGGGGAGCUGCUGACCGCCCAAGCCCGCCUGAAGGACGUCGAGGCCUUGCUGAACUCCAAGGAAGCAGCACUCACCACUGCCUUGGGAGAGAAUCGCAACUUGGAGAAUGAGCUCCGUGAUCUGCGGGGGCAACUGGCCAAGCUGGAAGCUGCUUUGGCUGAGGCCAAGAAGCAACUUCAGGACGAGAUGCUGCGACGGGUGGAUGCGGAGAACAGACUGCAGACCCUGAGGGAGGAGCUCGAGUUCCAGAAGAACAUCUAUGGAGAGGAGCUUCGCGAGAGCAAACGCCGCCACGAGACCCGCCUGGUGGAGAUUGACAAUGGGCGCCAGCGGGAGUUCGAGAACAAGCUGGCCGACGCCCUGCAUGAUCUGAGGUCACAGCACGAAAUGCAAGUCAGGCUGUACAAGGAAGAGCUGGAGAAGACUUAUGGCUCCAAGCUGGAAAACGCCAAGCAGUCAGCCGAGCGGAACAGCAGCAUGGCGGGGGUAGCCCACGAAGAGUUGCAGCAGACUCGCAUCCGCAUCGACAGCCUGUCGGCGCAGCUGAGCCAGCUGCAGAAGCAGCUCUCUGCCAAGGAAGCAAAGCUGCGUGACCUGGAGGACGCUCUUGCCCGGGAGCGUGACACCAGCCGCCGCAUCCUGUCCGAAAAGGAGCGGGAGAUGGCAGACAUGCGGGCCCGCAUGCAGCAGCAGCUGGAUGAGUACCAGGAGCUGCUGGACAUCAAGCUAGCCCUGGACAUGGAGAUCAACGCCUACCGCAAACUCCUGGAGGGAGAGGAGGAGAGGCUGCGUCUCUCCCCCAGCCCCACCUCCCAGAAGGGGGGCACCAGGACACGCAUCUCCCACUCUUCUAUGCAAAGCUCUUCCAAGAAGCGUAAGCUCGAGGAUGGAGAGAGUCGCACUAGCUAUUCCCACCAUGCCCGGACCAGCGGCCGCGUGGCUGUGGAGGAAAUUGACCUGGCAGGGAAGUUUGUCCGCCUGAGGAACAAGUCGAAUGAGGACCAGUCCCUGGGAAACUGGCAGAUCAAGCGCCAGAAUGGAGACGAGGCCCCCAUCUCCUACAGGUUCCCCCCCAAGUUCACCUUGAAGGCAGGCCAGCUGGUUACGAUCUGGGCCUCUGGUGCCGGGGUGACCCACAACCCUCCCAGUGAUAUGGUGUGGAAAAACCAGAGCUCGUGGGGAACUGGAGACAGCUUGCGCACUGCUCUUCUCACCUCUUCUGGAGAGGAAGUGGCCAUGCGGAAGCUGGUGCGCACCGUGAUUGUCAACGAUGACGAUGAAGAUGAGGAUGAAGAUGGCCACCACCACCACCACCACCAUGUUUGAAACCCAUAUUUUAAACUGAAGAUCCCUGGUCCAAGACUUUUAUUUCAGUCAGUUACACCCAAUGCUGUGGAGACUGACCUUCCAAUCUCUUGUCUAUUAGUCAAUAAAGUAAAAUCAAACUGAGAAAAUAGAAAUGAAUCCUGUUUACACCGCCCUCUCAUUAAUUUUAACUUAUGAGGCAAUUUCUGUAGUAGGACAAGUUGCUAAACCUUCUACAACCAAUAAUUUUAGAGCCCCAUUUUAAAACAGCUGCAUUGGCUGCCAGUUCAUUGCUAGGCCCAAUUCAAGGUGCUCAUGUUAGCACUGAAAGCCCCAAAUAACUUAGGUCCCAGAUACCUGGAAGACAAACCUCCUUCCUUACAGACCCUCCCUGGUGUUAAAAUCAGCUGAGUUGGGCCCUCUUGCUAGUUUCACAUCCCCAAGAAGUUUGGCGGUGUCCCCAGAGGGGGCCUUUUUGUGGCAGCCCCUGAGUUUGCAUGUUCAAAGUUUGCUCCCACCAGAGUUUAGAAAUGUUUGCAUUGCAACCGUGAGCCUUGGUUAGCUCUUCUUUGCUUUGCAUAAAAAAUCACAAGCAAACUCGGGGGUGGCCUCACCUUGUACCCCAGUGAUCAAUUUGUUUAAAGUCUAAACUUAUUCUUAAUUUCACCCACAAGACUAUACAUAAAUUUAGGGCCAAAUUUAAUGCUUUUAACUAAACCAAUUUGAAAUGCCCAUUCCACACAGUCAAACAUUUUAAAGAUGCUAAGGAUAUUUCUGUUUACUUACUACUACUACUACUACUACUACUAACAAUAAUACUUAUUAAUACUUAAUAUUUUUAAUUUCCAAAUGGAGACCAAACUGGAUAAAGCCAGUUUGGUCCACAUGGAUGUAAUCACCUAUAUUUCAUUUUAAGCAACUGUCAAGGACAGAAGCAAAACUCUUAUAAUAUACAUUAGGCAGGGAAAUGGGUCUGUAAGAUUCAACAAAAGUGGGUUUAAACAAGUUUAGGAAUUGUCACCUAGAGGGACACUAAGUUUGUGGCCAUGGUGUCCCUUCUAUGAUGUCAUUGUUUAAUGAUUUAAUUAAUUACUUGCAAGUGGUUCCUCUCCCCCCACACCCACAGGGGGGGAGGCAAAAAGAGUCAACAUUAUGUAGGCAUUUCAGACAAGAGAAGUCCCUCUAGCAGCAGAUCUGCAAAAAGCAGGGGGAAGAAAUUUGCAGAUCCACUGUGAGAGGGACUUCUCCCAAGCACAACUGCUGCUUGGUGCCUCUGAUACCGAGCAGCAUUUAAUGCCUGCUUGGCACUUGUUAAAAGGCGGUUAAACCCCACUGCUUUGGCUGUGGGUGCCAGUUCCUUGUUGGGAACAGCCACUCACAGCCAAUGCAGAAUUGAACCCUCCUCUUCCCUCCAUCAGCUGAUAUCACAUUGCUCUCAGGUGAUGGACAGGUAGCUGAGGUAUAGGGGAAUUGGCCUCUUGGGCCAAAUUAGACUCCCCCUGGUGGACCAGAGGUUCUCCACCUUUUUAAUUCCUCCCGUAUAUCACUGUCCUGCUUCUAAAGCCUUACUAAAAAGAUAUUAAUUUACAUACUUUUUAGAUAUUAAUAUUCCCUUUCAAAUCUCCCCAUCCACAGGGUUAAUUCCUCCUCUGAAAAACUUUCUAAACAUUUGCUGCAAAAUUUUCAAUUGCACACUGUUAGGCACAUACGCAGAUCCCAAAUCAUAACCUAGUGCGUGACUUUUUGCUUUUCUCUUCAAAAGACUGAAUAAAACGUCCAUUGCUAUCCUUCAAAGCUUUUUUCCUGCUUCUAAUCGAAAGUUUCGGUGAUUCUGUCCCUGCGUUGGAGAUGGGGAAGCUGUGGCACUCCCGACAGUGGACUGCAACCACCUGCCUGGACUGCAACCCACCUGCCUGGAGCGGAGCAUCUCAGCAGCCCCAGGCAGGCCGAUUGGUUCCCCAUCCCUGUUCUCUGUGUGGUUCAGCUUCUGAUCUUCCUCCUCCUCUAGAGCCACUGCAGCGGCUCUGGCGACCCAGGCGAGUACAACCUGCGUUCCCGCACUGUGCUUUGCGGCACCUGCGGGCAGCCGGCAGACAAGGGGGCCAGUACCACCAACGCUGCGACCAGCACCCUGUCCUCUGGCUCUUCCUCUUCCAGCCUCACCAUCACACGCAGCUACCG